AUGUCCAGAUCCGCAUUGGACCUCCGCGUUCUUCUGGAGGCGGUUUUGGCGAAAGCGCCGCCCUUGCUGGACAGAUCCUCCCAAGAUCUGUUCAUGCGUCUUCCUGAACACCAUCGUCUCCUCUUCAGCGGAUCCGAACGCUUUGUCCUCGAACAAGACGUUUUCCGGAAUCCCGAGCGAGGUCGUAUAUGUCCCUGCCUGCCUACCUACCUACCUAGGUGGGUCCAUGAUAAUACCGCACCCCCCCUCUCCCUGCUCAGAGGUUCGAGCCAGGUCCCAUCGUGGACGACACCACCACACUUCAUGACCAUCGCCGGCCCGGACUCUGUUCGUUCCCUGUUUAGCCUGGUCCGGCUGGACGCACGUGUUGGAGCGCUGUACAGAAAUUUGAAUGAAAAACCUCCCAUACGAAAAAUCUAUGCCCCGUGCUGGACGGUAACCUCUACUACUCCUCCCUAA